AUGGCUACACGUAUGCUGACGCCCGGUUACCAUAUUUGGGAUAUCUCGGAGAAAUUCCGAGUUUUCAAAUCUGUCACGUCUAACCCUCACUCUCAUCAUCAUGCUUUGCACAUGAACCCGGUUUAUCUACAGCGAAUCAUGGACAAGCACCGGGUGUUCGGCCAGGACUUAUCUCAAGGCCUAGAUUAG